GCUCUGUCGCACUUAGUUUAUGCCAGCCAGUUACCCAAUCAGAGGGCGCUGCUUUUUACGAACUGUGAAAGUUGUGGAAGGGCCGUGUUAUCAGCUGAGUGCUGGGGCUUGUCGGGGCCGAGACCGCUGCUGGGCCCGGAGCAGAGCGUGGCUCCAUGUGCCGAGGAGCGGGGACAGUGCGCUGUGUCUUGUUUGUUUACCAUUUUUUGUUUGGAGAAGGACUUUAGUGGCUAUUUCAGCUUAUAAGUGACACCCACACCAUUUGGAAAUGCAGUCAUACGAUGACGCUCCUAUGAAUGUAUCCAAAAAGCUCUCCAUUGCUGAAAGAACCUGCCAGGGAAAAGGAAAAGAGAAUUGUGUGACGUCUUCAGCAUGUCUUCCACCAAGCCAGCAAAAGCAAACCGUACAGAAUACAGAGCCAAAGGGGCCAAUGAAAAGCAAGCUUCCAGUUCUGUCCAAAACCAUGGCACCUCCGGAUUUCCAGAAGAUGCAUCAGAGCUGGCAGAGCCAUUUUCAAAGGGGAAAAGCCGUAUGCAAAAAAUCUUGCACACGUCCCCAGCCUUUCAACUUUUCACAGAGGGGAGCACGCCCCCGAGUAAAAGUUCCAGAUGUGAGCAAUUCUGGAGCAUCGUUGAGUGGGCAACCAUUAUGUAAUUCUCAAGCAAGUCACAAAAUCCGGGAACCCCUAACGAAUGUAGCUCUUGGACAAAACAAAAAGGAAUCCAGUGUUGUAAAGGGUGGUUCUGAGGUGGAUUUUAAAGCUGAUCCCGCUGCACUGGCAAGCAUCCUUUCAAAUAUCGGUGUGUCUACCGCCCCUGUUGGCAAAGUUAGCUUGGCGCAAAGGGUACCAAUGAGAGCGUCCUCAAUUGCUCAUCCACUCAACAGCAGCAAGAACACGAUGAUCAGAAGCUCAAUGUACACGGUGCCAACUUGCCAACCUGGGCCUUCAAAUAUGGGUAGGAUGUCCUGCGUUCCCAAGAUGACUGUUAAAGCUUAUGAGCAAAAGCCCUUGUUUAGAACGCAGAAUAGGAACCCUGUCACAGAAACCUCUGUAAAAGAGCCUGGAGGAUUGAAGAAAGAUGAGCUUCACCCACAGGAAAAUCCAGUGUUACAGCAGAUGAACCCGAAUCCACAUGUGGCAACAUCUGAUAAAACAUCUUGUUCACUCGCCACACAAGACACUUUAACAAAACUGACCUCUCUUCCUGCGAAAACGGAUGAGACCAGCACUGUACUCUCAGCACAGCAGUGUGAAACCUCUUCCACAGAAGUAAAUGGAACUGCAGGGAAAAAAGACUUCAUAAAAAACACAGAUACUUGUUCUGUAGAUUUUGUGGCAGAUUCCCAAGCUCUUGCCAGCAUCCUCUCCAACACUGAAAUGAACAUUACCAAUUUUCGGAAAAUAAGCCUGGCACAGAGAGUACCUAUGCAGGGCAGAAGCUCCAUGUUCAAGGGUGCUAUGGCCUUGUCUGGAACUCUUCUGACACAGACGGCAUCACCGAAGCCUGCCUGCGGUACAAAGUCUAAUGUGACAGUGCCACUUAAAGAGCUAAUGUUCAGUCCUUGUCGUGUUCCUCUGGUAACUAGUGACAAGAACUCUGGAGGGUCAGCCAGAAGAGUACUUCAGUCACAAUCUACCACUAUGAAGUUUUCCCAGCUAUACUCGGUCACACACAAGCAACCAGUGUUUCCAAAAACUCCGAGAGCGCUGGCACUUGAGAAAGCAAAUAAGUGUCUCGAGUCUGAGAAGAGCAAUGUUCAGACUUCUUCAAAGUCGAUUGUAAAGUGGGCCGAUGAGAUGUCACCGUCUUCCUUAUCUGAGGUUUUAGGUGUACAAGAAACUGACAUGAAAGAAGUAGCUAUGCGGUUAUUUUUAGAUGGUGAAGGGGCAGGAGACUCUGAAAAGAAAAAGGAACCCACUGCAGUGUCUGAUCCUUUGAUAGUGUUGGGGUGUCUUCCAACAAAAGCACCACAGCACCAAGAACUGGUCCAGCCUGCUGGAGCUAAUGUUGGUGAUUCUUUGAACUUUCAGCUUCACAGUCAAAUGCACCUUGCACCUUCAUUACAGCCAAAUGCCAGCGACUCCUCUUCCAGCGUUGUGACUGGUAUAAAAUCCUCUGUGCCACUUUCGUUUCUCGCUCACCCUGCUGUAAAAGCUCUGCAGUGUUGCACCUUGGGUCCUUCCUCUUUACCUGAUAUUGCACGAUUACGAUUACAAGCUGCAGUGUCUGCCAAGCAGAGAUUUUGGGAAUCGCGUCUUGACGAGGAAUGUGCUUUCUAUACAACUCGGUGUGUUUCUGGCUCUAUUCGAAGCUGUACAGACCCCGUAUCUAUCUUUCUAGAUAAACAGGAAGACAUGCACUUUACACCUAUCUGCCCUGGAGAAUCCUGAUUCCUUAUUGGUCUCUAUAAAGCUUUCCAUCACCAGGAGUCUGUCGCAUGAGUAAAAGGAAAGAAAAGGAUGCACGCCCUUUUUGGAAAUGAUGGGGUUAACCGUUGCCAGGACAGUUUUAGCCAACCAAGUUGCAUUCUUAAACUGCAUCAGCUAAAUCCAUUUAAGAAAAGACCUGUGUGCUAAAUUAAAUGCACUAGAUGCUGCUAGGCAAAGUCCAUUUCUGUAACUGGUACACUGUUUUCUGUUCAGACUCUGUGAACUAUACAAAAGAAAUACUGGAAUAAUUUUCCAGUUCAAACCAUACGUUUAUCCCUUUAUAGGAUUAAUUACAGCAAAUAGGAAAUGUUCUGCCUUUGCCCUCCAUUGCUUCUGCUCAGAAGGGGACUACUGCAACAUUGGAUGUGACAUGUGGUAACACCUGUCCAUGCAGUAAUGAUACUGCUCUAAGAAAUGGCACUGCAGACUUAAGAGGGAAUCGCAAGGUGUAAACUCCAUGGUAUCCUGCCAAUACGUGGGCUCCCAGGACUUUGUUUUAUACUCCUUUUUCAUUCUAAAGUAAAGUUAAAAUAAAACACUAUUUAUAUUUUGAAAUUAA